AUGUUAAGUAUGGAAGGAAAGAAGGAAGGAAGUAUUGAUGAAAUACAACUUUGUGAAGAAAUUUAUAAGAAUAAUUUGAUUUUCAAUUUCAAAUUAAGUUAACUAUUUAGUAAUUAAUUUUAUAAAGUAUUAAAUAUUCUCUUCCAAAAAUUUUUUUAUUUUUGUUUAAAUAUUCGAAAUAAAAUUAUCAUUAAAUAAAAAUAAAACAAAGAACAUAGUUCAGAGAUCAAAUUAAAUCUUAUGGAAAUUGUUUAUGUGAUAAAUAGAAUAAAAUUCCAUUAAUUUCCUGUAUGCUUAAAAGUACAUUUAUAUAUCUAUUUAUAUAUAUAUUUUGAUUAAUUUGAUACUUAACUAAAAUUCAUCCGCCGUAAUACAAAAUCAAAUAGUCAAAUUCUUAAAGGAUAUAUUAAAUUAUUUGCCAAUAUGGUUACAUUAAUUUAUACUAUUUAUUUGCAACUAGCAAAAAAGCAAAAUUAAAAGCAUUUUAACCCACCAAUUUUAACAAUAAAACAAUUUAAAAUACAGUUAAACGUGUUUGGUUGA